CUCAUUUCACUUCCUGUAAACAAAGCAGCAGCUGUCACUCUCCUGUUUUUUCGCUCAUUUUCUGCUUCUACUUGAGCGUUUUCGACGAUGGCCCAGGCCGGAGUGGUCCUGGACAAGGACCAGUUCAACUGCUCGAUAUGUCUGGACGUGCUGAAGGACCCCGUGACCAUCCCCUGCGGACACAGCUACUGCUCGAACUGUAUCCAGGACUACUGGGACCAGGACGACUACCUAGGGAUCUUCGUCUGCCCGCAGUGCCGGCAGAACUUCAACCCGAGGCCGGUGCUCGCCAGGAACACCAUGCUGGCCGACGUGGUGGAGAAAUUCAAAAAGACCGGACUCCAAGAGGCCACGGCGCCCGAGAACCCGAGUUUUGCCGAGGCCGACGACGUGGAGUGCGACGUCUGCACCGGCAGGAAAAACAAGGCUGUCAAGUCCUGCCUGGUGUGUUUGGCCUCCUACUGCGACGUCCACGUCCAGCCUCACUACGAGUCCGCCGCCUUCAAGAAACACAAGCUGGUCUCUGCCUCCAAAAAGCUCCAGGAGACCAUUUGUCCCCGGCACGACAAGCUGCUGGAGGUGUACUGCCGCACCGACAAACAGUGCAUCUGUUACCUGUGUCUGACGGAUGAGCACAAAGGGCACGACACGGUGCUGGCUGAGGCGGAGAUGGAGCAGAAGCAGAGGCAGCUCGGUGACAUGAAGCAGAGCUCUCAGCUGAGAAUUCAGCUCAGAGAAAAGGAGGCCCAGGAGCUGCGACAAGCCAUUUUCUCUCUCACUCGCUCUGCUCGAGCAGCAUCCGAAGAAAGCGACACAGUCUUCACUGAACUCAUUCGGUCGAUCGAGCUGAAGCGUUUCGAAGUGAGAGAGCUGAUCAGAGCCCAGGAAAAGACGGCUGUCAGCCAGGCCGAGCAGCUGCUGGACAAGAUCCAGAAGGAGAUCGCUGAGCUGAAGAAGAGCGAGGCUGAACUGGACAAACUCUCCCACACCGAGGACCACGUCCAUUUCCUCCAGAGCUGUCAGUCUCUCCAUUCGCCACCUGUGCCGUCAGCUUUGCCUUCAGUCACCGUCGACCCCAACCUCACCUUUGAAAAACUAAGACAGACCCUGGCUGAUCUGAAGGACAGUGUGGAUGAAACACUUGAAAGAGAAUUCAGCAGAAUCUCUGAAAAGGUGAUUUCACUGAAGGAAUCCAGCAAUCAAAGUACCUACGAAAAGGCUAAAGCAAAAGAUGCCGACACACCAUACAACUCAGAACCGAAAACGAGAGCUGAUUUUCUACGCUAUUACAACGAUAUAACCCUGGAUCCAACCACAGCCAAUCCUUAUUUAUACUUCUCUGAUGGUCAGAGAGGGGUGACCACACGUUUGGAGCCGCAGCCCUACCCAGACCACCCAGAUCGCUUCACCAGCUGGGCCCAGGUGCUGUGCAGAGCUGGGAUGGCCGGGCGCUGCUACUGGGAGGUAGAGUGGGCUGGAAACGGAGGGGUUUCCCUCGGUAUCUGCUACAAAAACAUGAGCAGAAGCGGAGGAGGGAGUGACAGCAAGCUGGGACACAACUCCAAAUCCUGGAGCCUGGACUGCUCUUACUCAGUCUGUUCAUUUCAGCACAAUAAGGAGAGUGUGGCCAUCACAGCUCCCUGCUGCAGCCGGAUAGGAGUGUAUCUGGACCUCAGGGGUGGGACUCUGUCUUUCUACAACAUUUCGGACACAAUGGUUUUACUUCAUAAAGUUAAAACUACAUUCACCCAGCCUGUAUACCCAGGAUUUUGGGUGGGAUUAGGUUCCACUUUGAAGCUGUGUUCUCUUUAAACUGACUGUAGUCCUUCAAAAGCAUUCAACAGUUUUCUAGUAACCUUGAAAAUGUGUGGUUCAACAUAUUUAUCUUUCACUGAGACUAAUAAUGAAACAGACAGACAUUUGUGCUCA